CAAACCGAACACGCGCGCGCACGCUCCCGUCGCACUGUUCCCGCAUCCCGCUGGAUGGUGACGGAUGGUGACGGAGUGUUUGCUCCCUGUGCCCACCUCAACCCCAAUAAAAAGGCAAAAGUGUGUGAGUGUUAUUUCAGGGUUCGAUCCGAGCUUCUGAGUGUGCUGAUGUGGCCUGGCCCCAUCACAGGUCGUAUGCAAAUGUGUGUGCCAGCUGUCGGUGAAACCGCGUGAAACCGAAGACAGUAUUAAUCGUUUUCAUGCAGGCUAAAACCAAAGUGCAGUGCAGAGUGUACAAUUGCCACCGUGUCAGUGGUUCGCCAAUCAAUCAGUGUGUUGAGCAAAUGGGUGCGUAAGUGUGUGUGUGUAUGUGUGUGACAGACGAAGUACAUGAUGUACCAUAUGGGUAGUGCCGUUGCUAGUGAACGGUCCAGCUGGGACGAUGGCAGCUGGAGGUCCUCCUCACCCCGAAGUCCACGGCGCGGUCGGCUGUACACUCGUACACAGAUAGGUGCACAACCCGUGGUGCACUAAAGGUUAAACUCUUUGAGGCGAGGCGACAAACGACAGGCAGCAAAGGCAUAUCUCCUGACCCUCCAAUUCCACUCCCCCGAGGUCCCUUUUCCCCACCUUUUUUUUUCGCCCACCCCUUUUGCGCUCCCCCAUUGUGGUUGAACACGGAUAAUGCCGCUGCGAAAGUAUCGACUCGUCUCGUCCGUGACCGGGAGCAACAGUGGCGGCAGUGGCAGCGCCAACACCUACCAGCACAGCUCGUCCAGCGGUACGUUCACGCUCACGUCCACGAUAACGACCCUGGCCAGUGGUGCCGGUGGCGCCAGUCCGGCGUCCAUCGGACAUCAUCACCACCACCAUCACCAUCAUCAGGCGGCGCAACAGCAGCAGCAGCAGCAGCACUUACAGCUACAAACGGCCAACGUAGCCGUUCUUCAAUCACGUUCGCGCCAUCAGACACAGCAGCAGCAGCAGCAGCAGCAGCUAUCUAACACCCACCAUUAUCACCACCAUCAUCACCAUCAUCACCAUCAGCAACAGCAGCAGCAGCACCAGUACACGCAGCAAGGCGGUGGAACAAUUACAACCGUGCAGGGACAGGCGCGGCUCCCGGCACACUACACGACCCACCAGCCAGCGCUGCUGCAGCAUCACCAACAGGAGCAGCAGCAGCAGCAUCAACAGGCGGUCACGCUAGCAGCGAACCAUCCGCCCCUCCAGCAGCAGCAGCAGCAACAGCAUCAUCACCCGGUACCGGUACAGAUCCUGCAAACGGUCCCCGCGGCGGCACCACCCAUCGUAGACCCGCUGCCCCUCUGUCUCGACGCGAACGGGACGUACCUCUGCACGUCGUACAAUCCACGGUGCUACAUCAUCCAGAAGCUAACGCCAACGCCCGUCAGUUGCAUCACGUACGAGGUCACACCUCUUGCUGCAUCGCAGGUAGCACAACCUGCACUGCUAGCCGCAACCAGUCCGACGGCACCGACUGUAGCAACAUCCGGACCGAGCGUUCAAGCGAUCACGACGAUUGACGAGCGCCUGGUCUACAGUAAAACAGCAUCACAUCCCCCAACACUUACACCCAUUGGUACGGGUACGGAACUGGCCGCUUUACCGCCAAGUCAAGGUAGAAGUAUUGGCAGUAAUAAUCCAAAUCUCCAUUACACCGGCAGAGAAGAUGGACAAGCAUCUUCGGCGGUAGUUCAAAGUGGUAGUGUGAUACUGAAUGUGACUCGAACCGAGGCUAACGAUCGUACCGGAAGUAAAUUUAGUACCAACACUACCGGUAAGGAUUUAGUAAGCAGAAAGCUCGAAAAGGACAAUACGGUUAGUAGUGGCAGUCAAAAGGCUUGUGUUAUUAUUCACACCCCAAAGGAUGUCCAGAACGAUGUGGAGAGUGGGUUUGGUUUAGCCUCCAAACCUGCAGGUGCUGGAACUGAGUUGCUUAGUGUUAUAGAAGCAAUCGGGACGGAGAUAGAUUACGAUGCAAGUAGCAUGGCACAUAACAUUGAAGAUAGUGUUAGUGGCAGCAGUACUGGUGGUAGUAUUGCUUCAGAUUCGUUCCGCAGUCACGGCGCUUAUCGUGUCGGUAGCAUGGGAAUGGCAAAAGUACAACGCAUUCAGCAGCAUUCUGGUGCUGUGGAGUCAACAAUACAGGAGAUAAGUGAAGGCUACGUGCUGAUGAAUGGUGUCGACAACACAACAGGCUUACUGUCCACAAACGCUUCGAGCGCGGUAUACUCUGCCCCCGGCGUGGGAGCGGUCUCGGUCGCCACAGUCAUCACACCGACAGCAGCAGCGGCAAGCACAAUCAUAACCAGCGGAAUGUCCAGCAUGACGAUCGUAGCACAGCAGCAGCAGCAGCCCGCACCACCAGCCGCCCCGCAAGCGGUGGACUACAGUGCCCUGAACGGAACCGCUGCUGCGAACGAAGCAUCGACGGCUGCUUCCAACGCCGCCGCCACACAGGAGUACUACACGGAAGGCGGCACCUCGCCUGCUACGGCGGCGCCCGUUACCAACGCUGCAAUAAUAGCCACGGCCAACACUAGUAAUAAUAAUUACAGCACUCCUGCCCUCGUCAGUAGCCAUCCGCCGAGCAGCAGCAGCAGCAGCAACAAUAAUGGCGUCAGCAGCAGCAGCAUCAUCAACGACGGUGCGACAGUCGUCACGGCCGCCACCGACGUCGGAAAGGUGAUGCUGAUGGACGGCGGGAUGGUGGGGCCGCCAGUAGCGAACAGUGGCGGCGGUAACAUCGUCGUUUCCAGUGAUAACAACAAUCCUACUAGUAGCAGUAGUAGUACCGAACACAACGGGAUGCCUUUAGAGCAGCUGAAGCAGCUGCUACAAACACAGCUUGAUUACUAUUUUUCGCGAGAAAACCUUGCGAACGACACAUAUCUCCUGACACAAAUGGACAACGAUCAGUACGUGCCAAUCUGGACAAUUGCGAACUUCAAUCAGGUGAAGAAGCUUACCAAGGACAUCAAGCUGAUAACGGAGGUGCUGCGUGAGUCCCCGAACGUGCAGGUGGACGAGGACGGCCUAAAGGUGCGCCCGAACCACAAGCGGUGCAUCGUGAUAUUGCGUGAAAUAUCGGACAACACGCCGGUCGAGGACGUUAAGAAUAUUUUCCAAGGCGAAAACUGUCCGCGCUUCAUUUCCUGCGAAUUUGCCCACAACAACUCGUGGUACAUUACGUUCGAGUCGGACGAAGACGCCCAGCGAGCGUUCCGGUAUUUGCGCGAGGAGGUGAAAGAAUUCCAGGGUAAACCAAUCAUGGCGCGAAUAAAGGCCAAACCAAUGAACCGGCUACCGAUCACACCGGUGGGCGGUGUGCCGAUGAAAAAUGGACUGAACGGUUUCCGGACGACGCCGCCGCCGGGUUCGGCCGUCGCGGCGGGCACUGCUGUCGGUGGUGUCAUACCGCCGUCGGCCGCUUCGGCCGCAGCCGCCGCGGCAGCAGCGGCAGCCGCGGCCGCCGCUGCAGUGGGCGGCGUAACGACCGCUGCGUACGACCCGGUACAGACGGCGCCCCUGAAUGCGGCCACCAUUGCGACCUACCCGAAUGGGCAGCGGUACAUACUGCAGCACAAUGCACCGUUGCCGCAGGGCUACAACACGGCCGUGCACAUGUUUCCAUUCCAGCAGCAGCCACUGUACGGCGGCUUCGUGCCAUCGUGGCAGCCAGCUCAGGGCAACUAUUUCGAGAUGAGCCCGUACCUAACGAAUGGCAUGCAGCCGGUGACGGUCUAUCCGGCCAGCGGUGGUGCUGGUGGAACGGCGACAGGUGCUGGCGGCGGCGGCGGUGGUGGUGCGGCUGGCGGUGGCAAACAGCAGAACGGCCGGUACGGUGGAGUGCCGGGCGGUGGCGGUGGCCACCGGCAGAAUCCUCGCAACAAACGCCAAUCGCAGCAGCAGCAGCAGCAGCACGGAGGAGCAAGUAACGAUGGUCAGUCGGUUACAACGAACAGCGGUGUCGCCGGUUCAACCGGUAUGCAUCGGCAGCAGCAGCAGUCGUCGGGCGGCGGCUACCAGGCGCAAAGCGCAGGUAGUGCCGGCGGUGGCGCUGCCACUGGGGCCGCCGGUGUCCAGUCGCAGGUCGCCAGCACGUACCAGGCAAGCGCGGCGGGCGGCGGCGGUGGCAAAAGUGCCGGCCUGCUCGGUGGCAAACCUUCCACGGCCGCCGGCACGACGGCAACAGGUGCGACCGGUAUGGUGUACCUUCCCCAGUACACCCACUACCUGGCAGCCGCACCACUGCAACAUCAGCAGCAGCAGCAGCAGCAACUUUACAGUGGCCAACAGCAGCAGCAAACGGACGGCGGAGCGAUGGAGCUCGUCGUGCGGACGGAUCUGCAGCGGCAGGGCAUGCAGCAGCAGCAGCAGCACGUGUACGAGGACGAAACCGGUGCCAACACGGUGCUGGUAGUGCCCGCCUACACGACGGCCGGCGGCGGACGCAAAAACUCCAGCACAAACGCGUCGAGCGCGACGAUCAUGUCGCUGGACGCCACCCAGCAGCCGUGGGUGCCGAACCAGCCGCGGCGGAACCCGCGCCGACGGAAGGACGAGAUGAUGAUGCCGAUGGACGGCGGUGUUGGUGGGGCCGCGGCCGGCGGCAGCAUGUACGGCAGCAGCAUGCGGCACGGUACGAUCUACAGCGGCAGUAGCAGUAACACUAACAACGGUAGCAGCAGCAGCAGCAGCAACAACGGUGCAGCCAGUGUGAAUAAUACCAGUAGCAAUAAGGUUAUCAUGCAUACAACUAGUCUCAACCAAUUGGCGCCUUCCACCGGUGGAGGAGGAGGGGGAGGAGGUAGCGGGGGCGGUAAAUACCAGGGCCGCGGGGACCGUGGGCGCGGUGGUGAUAAUAAUGGAUACGCCGGCGGUCUCAUCGCGUCGGAGCAUCACGGUGGCGGUGGAUACCACUCGCAACAAGGGCACCAUCGGAAUGCGGCAGCAGCACCGUCUGGCGGUGGUUUGCUCGAUUCCAGUUCUUCCUUUCAGCAGCACGGUGCAGCAGGCGGUGGCCACAAUAAGCAGCAGCAGCUGCAGGAUAUGAUGCACCACACCCAGCAGCAGCAGCAGCAGCAGUACCAUUCGCAUCCAAUGAGUCAGCAACCUCACCUAGGCCAUCAUCAGCAAUCGCAGCAGCAGCACCACCAUUCGUCCUCCUCCUCGGGUGCGAACAUUCACCAAACGCAGCAACACAGCAACACCAGUACCAAUCCUCACGGCCAUCAUAAUCAGCAGGGAGCGGCGGGUCAGCAGUCCCAGCCGCACCAGCAGCAACACCAUGUGUUGCAGCAGUCCUCCCAUCAGCUGCACACGGCGCAGCAACAAUCGCAGGGCUCGGGAUCGCACCAUCAUCAUCAUAGCCAGCAGCAGCAGCAGCAGCAGCAUCACCACUACCACCAGCAGCAGCACCAUCAGCAAGCGAUCGUCGCCACAGGUGGAUCGUCGAACGCUGGCGGCGGUGGUGCUAGUAGCGCAGCCAGCAACGGGGGCGGCAGUACGGCCGCCAGCUCCAACAGUGCCACCACCACCAACAGCAACAACAGCUCCAGCACCACCACCAGCAGCAGCAACAGUACCAGUGUUCAGUUCGAUCUCGAACCAGCGGCAUUUCCGCCCCUUCCGGGCCACGAGGGACGCAGCCUCAUCACGGCAGGGACCGGCGGGACGGCCGGUGGUUCCGCCAGUGGAAACGCCAGUGCGGGCCGCUCCGGCUCGAAAGGGGGUAAUGCUUCCACCGCCGCCGCCGCCACCUACGGCCAAGCAGCGCAGCAGCAUCUUCCGGGCGGUGCUGUAGGCAAUGCUUCCGGAACCAGUGCCAGCAGCUCCACGUCUUCAACCACCGCCCAUCGGAGCGAUGCGUCGGAUGGAGGAGGCGGAGGACUCGCGUCCAGCAGUGCCGCGGCAGCCGGUGGUGCGUCCUCCGGUCUGCUAUCGGGUCCGGCCGCCGCCGCCGCCGCACCACCGCCCGUCGUUUCGGCCUGGGGCGAAAACCAUCGGCUGGCGGACGUCGUCAAGGGUACGGCCAAGGGCGUACGGGCACCGGGUGCGGCGACGGUGGCGGCCAUCGUGGCCGGCACGGCGACGGUGCCGGUCGUUUCCGCCAACAGCAGCAGCAGCAACGAGCUUAGCCUGGGCGGCAAGAGCGCGACGGAGCCGAAAGCGGCCACCAACGAAUCCGGUCCAACGAACAGCAAUGGCGCUUCCGGUGCAUCGGGAACCAGUAACCAGCAGCAGCAGCAGAAUAAUCAUCUACCUGUGAUAAAAGGCAGCACAAAUGCCGCAACGAGUGGUGGCAGUCAAACUGCGUCCACGCUUUCCUCCUCCUCCUUCCACUCCUCCGCCUCGACCGGUACGACGCAUUCGUCGGUCGCUGCCGCCAACAGCGCUGCUCCGGUAUCGACCGGCACCAGUACGGCCGAUAAAUCUACCAAGACUGACGUAUCGUUGUUGCAAAUGGCGGCGCCCUCUGCCACCGCUACGCCGACGACCACCACCUCCCGGGCCACCUCCACCGCGACGCUCGAGAGUGCGGCGUCGGUAGUGAAGGGCGAGGCGGCCGCCUCCGCUCCUCCACCCACGACGGCCAACGCGGCAACGAUGACCUCGACUGAUUUCACUACCAAAUCUUCUUCCUCCGGUACUGCCGCCGCCGCCGCCGCCACCCCAUCCGUCACUUCUGCUGGUGGUAGUGGUGCGGCGAAAAAGCCGUCGACAUCGACCAACGCCGCCACAAACACUACCGCCACCUCCACCAGCCACGCUAACACUUCCUCUGCCGGUAGCAGUAAAUCGUCCACCUCGGCGGCAGCACCACCGCCCCCACCGCCAACCUUCUCGCUGCAGAACCAUCCACCGUUGGUUCCGCACGACAGUACUGCGGCGACGGCCACCGUGCCCGCCGCCACCCCUCAGGUACGGCUGAGCUACGCCCAGGUAGCGCAGCAUCUGGCCGAACAAAGCAAGGACAGCAAGGAGCAGGCGUCGUCGCUUCCGUCCCACAAUCAUCAUCACGGUAGCGAUAAGCUGACCGGCUCUGCCAUGGGUAUCACUACCACCACCGCCGCCAGCAGCUCCUCCGCUUCGUCGGGCGGUGGUGGUGGUGUGGUGGAGAAAGAGAACAGUAAUGCAUUAGCAGCAUCGUCGGAGAGUAACGGCUCGACGGCUGCAGCAGCUUCAACUGCCACCACCGGAGCUACCGUCGCGCACGGUACUGCCGGUGGUAGCGCUGCCGCAGGGAACGGCAACAACAACAACAACACCGGUGGAUUCAUUGGCGUUAGCAGCAAGCGGAAAGAUUCGGGCUCCGGUGGCAGGAGCUCAGCUGGUGGCACCACAGCGCACCACCACCACGGUGAUGGUUUCCGAGAACAACGAGAUACGCGCUACAAUCAGCAACACGGUGCCAGUGGAAACACCAAUGCACGCAACUCCAAAGAUUACCGUCAGUCUUCCGGUGGUGCUGGCGGCGGCGGCGGCGGCCACACCAAUGCCAUCGGCUCUGCUUCCCUCCAUUCCGGUGCCGGCGGGCUGCGCAAUGCCGCACCAGAGCAAAACAACAACAAUCACGCGCAUCACCAAGGAGGAGGAGGAGGAGGUGGAGGUAGAAGUACCGGAAAUUCGGGCAACAGUGGCAAUAACAAUAAUCACCACAGUAAUAACAACAGUGCUGGUGGAGGCGCGCCCAAGUCUGGCGGUGCCCGAUCGGUGCGCAAGGACUACCAAUCGCACCAGCAGCAGCAACAGCAGCAGCAGGCCCACCAGACACACCCGCGCAGUCCCAAAUGAUGGCGCUUAAUAUGGAUCUAAUAUGUGCGCGACACACCGAAUGACUUUCUCUUCACUACACCUACUCUACGACCUACCAGAGUGCGGCGGAGCACGUGCGAAUUAUGAAUCAGCCCUUUGCUUGCCGCUGCCACCGCCCCUCCCCAGUACCAUUGUGUUUUAGUGUAUGCGCUUAAAAUAUUAUGGCUUUUCCGGCGAUCCGGCGGCUGAGGCGGCUAGUAUAUAAGUUCGGGCGAAUGUGGCGAAGACAGUAGCGCAAUAUACAGCGUGUGUGGGUAUUGCGAGAAUAAUGCAUAAUUCCGUGGGAUGCAUGGGAAAACGGAGAAAGAGAGAGAGAGAGAAAGAGCGGGGUACGUUUAGGUAGAAACGAUUGUGCGGAUUGGCCAUUACACAAGCAGCGAAAAUGUGGGUUGGGAAGAGCAUACUUUCAUUAUUGAGUUGGCGGAACAAGAAAAAAAAAACGAAGGAUAGGAUCGGUUAGGAGUUAUUGUUUUCCUAUCAAGUACAAUUUAUGAAAAUUCACUUCAUAAAUUGAUUGAAGUGAUACACUGUACACUAGUUCGAGUGAUUCAAACAGAGCAUGAUCAUACUAUAAACGCACCAUGGGAGAAGGAGCAGCAGUGUGUGUGCCUUUUGUUACGCAUCUGUUCUGGAUACACUUUGAUGAAUAAUUUGGGAUUUCUUUUUUUUAUAAAAAGUAACACUGGAAGUACGUAAAAAGCAAAAAAAAAAAAUUGCAAGUACGUAUAGAGUGGGAAGUAAAUCCUGAUAAAAAUCAAAUUGAUAAACGAAUGUGUGCAAAACGAUCGAAAUGCUCAGAGUGUAUAGCUAUGGUUUAUGAGGGAAUGUAAACACACAGACCAAUCAAUAAUCAUCACACGAAUCUCAAAACAGUAGAGCGUAGAGCUCCAUGUAUGUAGAUGCAGUUUGGUUUUAUAAUACACACACACACAUACACGUGAAAGAAGCUGCCAAUCAGGGCAUGUAGAAGCAUACUUAAAGUGCUUGCUUAAGUAGUUGUCAAAUAGGCCCCGGCAAAUACCGUCGUCGAUAUGCUCUAGCCCUCGCUCUCUCUCUCUCUCUCUUUCUUUGUGUCGGUUAAUAAUAGCAACCGAUAAGGGUAGGAGGAGCGUAUCCCAUAUGUAUCCUUGCAUUAAAUAAAUAAUCUAGCCUCGGAGAGGGGUUGCCGCAACCAGCAAGCAAAAGCCAGAUAGUGAUCCCUAGUCCCCUGCAAGGCGCACAUACACCUGCGUCUCCCGCAGAGCGUAAGAGAAAAGCCACAGCAGCCGGCUCCACUUCGGUCCACUUCCUGCGAAGGAGUGGGUGGGGUGUUAAUGGGGAGGGUGUGGUGAAACCCAUUUCAUUUGUGGGUGUUGUAGUGAGAGAGUAGCAAGAGAGAAAGGUUCUAGUAGGUGGUCCAUUUGUUUCAUUGUUUAUGUAUGUUUCUUUUUUCGUGCGUGCGUCGCGAGCGCGCCCCGUGUGUGUUGUGUUUGAACAUAUGAUGAUGAUGAUGGAAGAGUGUAUCGGAUUAUCACGCAAAGACCGGAAAAAAACAAGAAAAGGAAAGAGAGAGAGAGGAUGCAUUAGCAUAGUGAGGAGGGUUUAAAACUGAUAACCGCUAUCGCUAAUGCAAACGCUUUAGUCUUGUUUAUUUAUGCCUUACUCUACAACACACACACACACACACACACACACGCGAGUGCGUGCGCUCCCCCCAACGCGGCUCACGCAACAGUGAGAUGAAUUAUUUGUUUUAGUUUUUUUUUGUUUUUUUUUCUGCAAUUCGUUCUGUUACUUGUUUUUCUCUUGGAUUUAAGCGCAUUAGGAAGAGAGCGAGAGAGAGAGAAAGCCCGAAACAACUUAUCAUUAUUUACUUUAUUAAUUAUUACUAUUAUCUUUAUUGGUAUUUCUUAAAUACGAUAUGAUUGCUACAAUUAGUAACUGGUAACGUUAAACACACACACACACACCAACCCCCUAUUGAGAUACUUUUUAUUGCAAUUCUUUGUUAAUUUGUUGAUAGUCGAUAAUCGAUCGCGCGCGUGAUGAUGGGGGGGGGGGGGAUAUUUUUUCGGGUCUGGGAAACCAACGAGAGAAAGUGUGCGUGCGUGCGUGUGCCCUCCGUCAGAAAAAGGGGGGCUAAGGGCAUUGCCCAAUAAGAGAACGGAAUUCUGCUAAGCGUAAGCGUUGGAAGCGAUUGUGAGCGAUAAAACGUGAAAGCAGAAAGAUCGAAGCAGAAGAAAGGGCAGUGUGUUCCAAACAAAAAAAAGAAGAAGAAAAACAUUGUUACUCAAAAAGCGCUGUGUGUUUAAACUGAAGCUAAUUGUUGCUUCGCGCUUAUCGUGGAGUGUGGAUGAACCUCAACCGAUAUUGAACGAGACACACACACACACUAAAAUCCAGAGGAAAGAGACACGCAAUGCAUAUAUAUCUAUAUUCUCUCUGUUCGUUAUACCUGUAUAUAAUCAAAGCAGAUGAUUAAGGUUGAGAUGAGCAGCCCCAGAAGCAGCAGUUGCAGCUGCAGCUGCAAGUUCUGCCAAAAACCGUCUGGACCAUUUGCUAGUGGUCGAAAAAAAAAAUAAUAACGAAGAAACAAACAAAACAGCACUAGUUAAUAGCAAGAAAAAAAAAACAACAACAACCUUGGUUUAGUUUAUAAAGACAGCAGACACACACACUCGCCGGAGAGUGGUGCCUCCUCGGUGACUAGUUGUAGGGCGGACGGAUUGAAUUUUGUUUUUGAAUUGCAAAACAAAUUGUCUAAGUUUAGCUGGAAGGAAAAAAAACUGCGCUACCGAAAUGUUAGGAAAUGCUUUCGUGCAGAUUAAUGUGCGAGAAAGAAAGGAAGGAGAAGCAAGCUACUGCCGUCAAUACUGCAAACAUACACAGAAUUACACGAUACACACACACAUAUAGGGCAUAAUUUUAUAGGCUGAGCAGUAUGUGUGUGUGUGUGUGUGUGUUUGCCAGGGUAUACCGGGGAGAUGGUAGUGUUUUGGAUCAACUAAGCUAGUGAUGCAUCUAAAUUGAUAAGACUAAGAGAGAAGGAAAGUGCAGUACGGAAAUCGAGGAAAUUCCUUUUAGAAACACACACAAACACAUACACCGAUCUUACCAUCCCUAUUAGCAUGCGACAGAAUCGUUACAUUUUUACCACAAGAGCGCAAACACAAAUGGAAAUCAUCGAUGCUUUACGAUAAUAGAAUCGUCAUCCGAAUGCUGCCGCCUACAUUUUAUGCUCUGUGCUGUGCUCGAUAGCGAUAGGGAGGAGGGAGCGUCCAGUGAGCGAACUAUAUGAGAACUAGCUCUAACAACUAGGAUUGAUUGCGCUGUGCCGAAGAAGAGCUUAUCUGCUUAGUUUUUAGCUGAAUCUUUUUAACAAUUGAUCGAUUGAUUGGAUCCCAUGCGUGACAUGAUUCGAUCGUUACAGGAGGUUUUUUUUUCUUAUUGUAAUGGCCAUUCAUACAUCCAGUCAUCAAUCCAGUUGCGAUUUGAUCUCACGUUGCCCCACGCCUAGGGAGUAAAAAUCACAGUUUACAUGUGCUUCAAGAGAGCAGCAGCACUACUGCGAGAGGAGGAGAGUAGGCGUCAGGAAGCUUUAUCUGCUAACAACCACUUCAGUUGUGUUCUGAUACUGUUUUAUCCAUUUCCCAGCUAUUUUCUAAUAAUUGUUUGCUUACAUUCCUUAUUCUUUUUCUCUCGCUAAUGAAGCAGCUUGUCACAGUGCCCUUCUUUGAUUAAAUACUCCUAUAUGAACUUCUUCAAAGUAUCACAGAACUUCUCACGCAGUUCAAAGUAUCACAGUUAAUUCAUCUUUCGAAAUUUUGAAGCAAAUCGAAAGGAUUUAAGCUUCUCCACUGUUGCCUCAAGACUCCAAUCGUAGUGUAGCAGUAGUGCUGUUGUCUUAAUCGAUUCCCAACCUCCCGAAGAGUAACAUACAGAUACAUACAAAUUCGCAGGGCUACUAAGCACAUAAUAAUGCACUCGAACAGUAAUGCGCCAGCGCGUUGCGUCUUUCAAACCGGUUCAAACGAAAACUAAACUAAAACGCACAUCAGGUUUAGUUUUAGAUCGCUGUAUCGUUUUGCUGCGCUGCGGUUUAGAUACAACACUAGCUUUUAAGCAAACCAAAUAUGGAUUUCAUCGUACCUUCGUUUCAUUUGAUGGGGUCGUGUGUGUGCGUGUAUGUCCAUAGACACGAAGUUUGUUUGUGCGCACACACACACUGCUCUUGUGGUAAAGCAUUCUAAGACGAGAUUUCGAGCAGGACACAGGAGGAGCAAGAGCUUUCGUUAGACACACUGUGUGCGCCUUCCACAACACAAACACACACUACACUACGCACUAUAAAAAUAUGUUCUUUUUUAUGUUUUUUUUUCGAUUUUUUCUGAUCCGUAAUAAAGAUAUGUUGAUGAUGAGUACGAAACCACGAAGCUGGCGGAAGCGAAACUUCGAUUUGAGCGCGUGUUCGUUUUAUCCGGUUCGAAAGAGAGAUGCUUUUUUUUUUGGUUCUUUUGUCACUGUAGUAGUUUUUGUAUUCUGUUGGGGUUUGUUUGUUUGUUUUUUUUUUUGGAGCGAAUAAUAAUGCCUUACAUCUUUUUGAUUUUCUGAUUUUGCGUGAGGACAUUUCGGUUCUCUUCUCUCAGUAGCUGUCCCGCGACCACGCGAUCUUAAAAACAAUCACACACACACACACACCCAUACACACCGAACGAUUACAGCCGGUUACGUUUGUCUUAUCUAUUGGUAGUUAAAGCUUUAGUAUAAAGAGAGAGGAGCAGCAAAUGUGGAAGAAGAAGGAUACCAUAGGGGGGAUGUGUUUCCGUUCGAUUGUUGAGGUGUGGGCGUGUUGAGAUAGUGUACCGCAGAAAGCAGAAGAUUUAGAUAGUAUGCUAAUGCUCUCCGUCUCCGGCGACGGGCGGGUUCGCAUGAAGACACCUUUUAGAGACUGCAAAACACAUACAGACGACACACACACACACACACACGUGCGUACAGAGCUGGAGUCAGACGUUCGAUGCUGUAAUAGCUAGUGAUUUCUUGACUACUGUUUGUUUCCCCUUGGAGAAACCCCUAAAUCAAAGCCGCCACUCGCAUUGAUCGACGAAUGCAAAGAAAAAAAGAAGCGAUACCAGUAGUUUGGUUACACACGAAAUGAUGAGGUGUACGCGAGGAAGGAAAAAUAGUGGCGGAAGACAAAAAAAACUAUUAUAUACAACUGUAGGUUAGCUUUGUAAUAGAAUUGUCGGAGCACACACAUAAGCAUACUACAAACACACAACGCUCUCCCAGCUGUGUGUCCGGGAAAGAAUGUGAAAGGAAUGCAGGGGAGAAGCAGCAAACAUAAAGGAGACGUGUGCAACACAGCAACACAAAUUAUGAUGUCGUUCUUGUGUUUGAUGAAACGAUAAUGCAAACAAAAAGCAUACAGUGUUAUGAAAAGUCAUACCGAGACAAAGGAUAUGCAUAGGCGCAAGGUAUAAUAUAUAGUUGUUGCUGUGUGUGUAAUAACUGCAAGUGAGCUGUGCAAGCGCCCCCCACCCGGGCAGUGGUCGAAAGGAGGGAGAGGGGGAAUGUGUGUGGUACGGUGUAGUGGUAAACUAAAGAAUACUUAGAUUUAAACGCGGAAGAGAUACAAUAUCGAAGGUAGUAGAGCAGAGAGAAAGAUGUAUGGAUUAUAUAUAUAUACAUAAAAAAUAUAUAAAUGUAAGGGAAAAAAGUAUAUACAUUAUAUAUAUACAUUACUAUAUACACAACUCUAAUGAUAAAAAACAAAAACAAAAACAAAAAACAAUGAUUAAAACGUAAGGCACACAUCGUUGAUAGAAAAGUAACAACAACAAAAAAAAAGAGAAAGAGAAAAGGACAUGUUACUACAUACGAAGUAAAACAAAGCAACAAAACAAAAGAAAGAACACAAACAAACAAACAAAAACCUUACCAUAGCAGGGUUUCUUAUACGCGCGGAAUGAUACAACGCGAUGACAGAGGAUGAAGGGCAGAGGGAAGAAGUCUGGCAAAGACUGAAACGCACGCUACCGUUGCGGGAUGGAGGUAGGGAGAACGCGAGCAAUCGAUAAGAAGAAGAGGAACACAUACACAUAAUACACACGAAUAUCCUUUCAUCCUUUUGCGAUCAACAAGGGGAAAGAUACAUAAAAAGUGCUGCCACACAACAAAUACACACACUAGUUCGGUAGAGUCGGUAAUGGUGAUAAAGUUACUGUUGAGAAGGAGAAGUGUGGAAUGUUAAGAGAGCUGGGGUGGGUAGAGAAAAGUUGAGAAUAAGAGUGGAAAAUCUAUGAAAAAAACACACAAACAUGUGGUAGUAGGAUGUAGUAGGUUAAAUGAAAAAAGGAAAUGAAUUAAACAAUACCAACAAACAACGCAAAAACCACACACUCACACACAGCAAGGGAGAUUGCAAAAAAGAAAGGAUAAAACAAAAUAGAAACAAAACGAAAACAAUGAAUGAUAAUAUAAACCAUUACAAAAAGGAAUACACACACACACACACUAAUACAUUGGCUAGAAAGACUGCAGUAAAAAAACAAGAAAACAAAUAGAUAACCACGCUCAAACAGAGGAGGCGGAGCAAAUCACGCCAAGAAGCGUCGUUCGGGUGUAAACAGCUCCCCAAGUCAUGCGAGUGUAGUAAACGCCAGACAGAGCCGCGGCGGAACCAAAAACAUGUGUUUAAACCUAAUGUGUAGCUUAAAAAUCAAAAAAAGUAUCUAGGAAGCGCGUAUUAAUAGUAGCCGCCGCGCACCACACGUUCGACGUCGCCAAAACAACAACACACUCACACACUCAUCUGAAAAAAACGUUGAUAUAUGUGGUGAAGGGAAGGGUGUGUGGAGCACGUGGGAAAUGCAUUCAAAUGCAUCCACGACGUGUGACAGCUCUUUCUCUGUUGCCCAUCUACAAACAACAGUUGCCAGCCCCUCUACACACAACACAACAAACCUACUAGCAUCCCUCCCAAGGAAAGCGAGAUUUGACCAAGGAAAGUGGAAAAGCAAGAGCACACACCACCACAUUAAGAAUGUGAGAGAAAUGCCAGGGAACAGAAAAGUGUGCGUGUGCACGUGUGUGUGUGUGUGUUGUGGUAGUCGUAAACACAUGGGUAAGCGAAUUUGAAAUGUUGAUAAUACCUACUACACGCACUAGUUGCUCUAGAAUAUUGAAAACUGUGUAAAACAAAAUACAGAAUUGGUUGGAGCAUACCGCGGACGAGCACGAGCGCGCGAGAUGAUAAGGAAAAAACAAAAAAAAACAAGAAACUAAAGAAAAUAUGUGAGGAAGUAACAAACAAUUGUUGUAAAAUAAGAUACAAAAUGGAGAAUAUCGAAAGAAAAGAGAAAGAGAGAGAGAGAGCUGUUACACACAUACGGGCGAAAAAACCGUGCGUCGUUACUAGAAGAUAUGGAAAAUAUGGAACAGUGAGAAUUGGAAGGGAGAGAAAAGUGUAGGAA